AUGUCGGAACAGCAAUCCUUUCGAAUCCGGCUCGCAACCUUUAUCGAAUUCUUGGACCCUAUUGCGUCCACAGUGCAAUCUUACAGCCAGCCGUCCAGGAAUUACAUCAAGGAGAAGCUCCAUAGUGGGAAGUCAAGGCUGUCGUUGCAGGAGGCUGAAUUAUCGCCCCAAUUGGCCAAGUUCAAGAUCAAAACCCUAAAUAAGUUAAAGACAAUAGACAAGCCGUUGCAAUCAAUAUUCUUUCAAAACAGCUCAACUCUUGAGAAAUCGUUCUAUCCGUUUACGUUGUUUAAUAUCUUUCUCAUUGGUUUCAUCAUUGGGAGGUAUCCGGAACACUUCCAUCUAUACUAUACCGGAAUGCUAUGCUUGUUAAUGCCGGUGCGGUUUUAUACGUAUUACAAGACGAACAACCACUAUUUUUUGGCUGACUUGUGCUACUUCGUGAAUGCGUUGUGCUUAUUGUUUAUUUGGGCUCUUCCAGGGUCUACACACUUGUACCAGACCUGUUUUGCGUUUACGUUUGGUACUUUGUCGUUCGCCAUCAUCACGUGGAGAAAUUCGCUAGUGAUACAUUCGGUGGACAAGAUCACGUCGUGUUUCAUCCAUAUCAUGCCACCUUUGACCAUGUACUGUAUCACACACGCUAUAUCGGAACCAGUGAAGCUGAGGAGAUUUCCCGCUGCAGCUUCCAUCAAUUCUAAGGAUUGGAACUUCAAGACGAAUGUCUUUUACACAUCGAUGUACUAUCUCGUAUGGCAGUCUUUGUACCAUUAUUUCAUCACGGUAAGAAACAGCCAGAAGAUCAAGUCGGGUCAAAGAAUGACCAGCUUCGAGUAUUUGACAACCCACCAGUACAAGAACUCAUGGGCUGUUAAGUUGCCCCCACCACUUCCAAUGGUGUUGUACACUCUUUUCCAAUAUUGUUACCAAUUGGUUACGAUGAUAUUGUGUGUCAUUUGGUUCAACCAUAAAGGUGCUGCAUCGGCGUUCUUGACAUUCAUAUUCUUGUACGCUGCCAAGAAUGGUGCAAGUUACUAUAUCGAUUACUACGGCAAGAAGUUUGAGAAAGAAGUGUACAAGUUAAAGAUCCAGGUAGAAACGCUGGAGAAACAGCUAAAUGAGAAGGGAUCCACCUCUUCCAUGUCGCUAGAUGAAUCAGAUGUUGCUAGCAUAACAUCAAACCAAAGCGACGAAUUAACAUGGGAAAUGAAACUGCCAACGAAAAGUUAA